AUGUCCUCCAUUAAACAUCCCAGCAAGUUUAUUCAACCAGGAAAGAUCGAGCAUAUUCGAUUAUCCAGCAAACCGAACCAAGGUUUACGACUCGGUAAGGCUGAUCAUGAUUGCAGAAAAAAUCAUCAUGAAAUCUUAGAAGAAUUUGAGAUAGACGAGACUCGUAGGCAGCAAGACAAUGUUAAAACAUUAUCAACGGCAGCAACUAAUGCAGCCAUUAUGAAAAUUGAAUCAGAAUUAAAACUCUUAUGUUCUCUUCAGGUACUCAACUCCGACAAAUCAUCUUCAAAUAUUAUCAAUAGAGACGUAAAUCUCUCGUCCUUAUCAAAUCAAACAACUCUUGAACCUUCAAUUGAAUUACCUAUUGAAGAUACAGUAUUAUUAGAAGAACUGAUCAAUAAUUCUCAAUUCUCGAAAUUAGACAACGAUUGGAUAGAUAGUCUAACUCUUGAACCAAUUGAUCAAGCGAUUUCCUCCAAUCAUAAUAUGACGUACACAGAACUUCCUGAUAUGACUACGGAACAAACUGAAGAAUAUCUUCAAGAUACUAGAAUGACAGAAAGUAUCCCAUCAACAUCCUAUGACGAUAGAAACUCGUCGGUUGGAUCGGUAUCGGACGACAACGAACGUGAUGAUAUCAACCGACGUGGUUUAAAAAAAAGUGGUGGUCCCGUCCGGAAAUUAGCACGAUUUGGUAAUAAACAAGUUAUCAAAUAUUCGGAUGAAUAUCAUGAUCGUCGCAUAAAAAACAAUGAUGCUGUCAAGAAAAGUCGAAUGAAAGCAAAGGAAAAGCAAAAAGAAACGGAAAAUAAAAUGAAGAAAUUGGCGGACGAAAAUCGUACUUUAAAUGACCGGGUCGAUUUAUUAAUGAAGGAAUUGCAUGUAUUAAAGUCAUUGUAUAAAGAGUUCAAUCAAGAACUACCAGCAGGUGCUGUGCGAGAACUUCAACGAGCUAAUCUACAUUAA